CCGGCGCAAUUUAAGCUCUGUAUAGGUUGAAGCUUCCGAAAGCAGAACUUUCGCUUUCUUCGCAUCUGAUGGGAGCAUCUGACCAGCUGCUUAUGAAUUUGCCAAAGAGCUGAACAGUUACAACUCUACUCCAAGCAUAAAGGCGCUGAAAACUUCUUUGAAUUCCUCCGUGGAAACUUCUUACUGUAUUCUAUCCUUGUUGUUCCACUGCUUAUUGUUAUUUCGCCGAUGACCCCUGUAUUGGCAGCUCAUGAGUUCACGGUUUAUCGAAUGCAACACUUUGAUUUACACGGAACCCCUCAUGGUUGUCGAAGCUCUAUUCUUAACAUGGAGGCUAAAACUCUGUAUACUACUCCUUAUACAAGACGCUGUGUAGUAGCUAGAUUAUCAGAAUUAACAUUUGCACAUUAUCAAGAAAUAAUACACCAAAAUGCUGGAGGUCUAUUAAUACUUAUAUCUGCAAAUUUAAGCUCAAUACCUUCAUCAGAGCAACAGGUAAUUAUGGAGUUAGAGAAACAUAUGUUAGAAGAUGACGUGACAAUACCUGUUUAUUUUGCUUAUGAAACUGAAGAAAUUUUAGACAUGUAUUAUAGCAUGGAGCAGACAUCACCAUUGCAACAAAAGUCGAGGUCUGCUGCUGAAGAGCUUCCAAGUUCAAUAACAUCUAGUGGUUAUCAGUUAGUUGUAUCUGGUCCACAGCCGAAAGCCCAAAGUGACACUCAGAUUAUAAGUAUUCAGGGUAAAUUAUGUGGUUUUGGUGUUGAAGAACAGUUACCUACAGUGGCAAUUGUUACUCACUAUGAUGCUUAUGGAGUAGCACCUGCCUUAUCAUAUGGGUCAGAUUCUAAUGGUAGUGGUGUUGCUGCAUUGCUUGAACUAGCUAGAUUGUUGUCUCGCCUUUAUACAAACUCAAGAACUCAUCCAAGGUUCAAUCUGCUCUUUCUUCUCUCAGGUGGUGGAAAAUUUAAUUAUCAGGGUACCAAAAAGUGGAUUGAAGAUAAUAUUGAUAGUUCAGAUGGUAGUUUAUUGCCAGAUGCCCUUUAUACCCUAUGUUUAGAUACAAUUGGUGAUGAAGAUAAUUUAUAUCUGCAUGUUUCUAAGCCACCAAAGGAAGGCAGUCCUGGUGAUAUCUUUUAUAAAGAACUGCAAUGGGCUGCUGCACAAUCUAAAGAAGUUAACAUCUCUCUAGUCCAUAAAAGGAUAAAUCUUGCUGAUGAGCUCUUAUCAUGGGAGCAUGAGAGAUUUAGUAUUCGGCGUCUUCCUGCAUUCACAGUCUCUCAUCUUCAGUCCCCCCGUUCACUCAGGAAAACUACAAUUUUAGAUAUAAGGGAAAAUAUUAAUGUUGAUAAACUUGCUAGAAAUGUAAAAAUAAUUGCUGAAUCUUUAGCCAGGCAUAUGUACAACAUAAGUGGUGAAACUCUAAGCACAGGAAUUUUUUCAGAAAGUUUGUCCAUCAAAAAAGAAUAUCUACAAGCUUGGAUUGAUCAGUUGUCAUCUCAAGCACGUAGUGCUCAGAUGCUUUCAUCUGGGUCUGUUAGGCAUCCUUUAGUAUCAUCUCUAGAACAAGCUAUGUCACGAUACCUGAAAGAUGUGAAAUUCUCCAUCUUCAAGUCUGAUAAAAGGGAACCUGAAUUAGUGUUUUAUGAACCAGUUUACACACAGAUGAAUGCAUACAGAGUCAAACCUGCCAUAUUUGAUCUGUUUCUUGCCAUAAUUAUAGGAUCUUACUUAGGAAUUAUUUAUCUUUUAAUAACAAAUUUUUACAGGCUUGAAAGGCUGAUGAAAUCAUAUGCUGUAUCUGUGAAAGGAAAGCAGAGUUAAGUGUAGUUUGAGGUAGCCAUCUGAUUCAACAGUAGCCAUUGGACAUAUCCAGUUUACAUUCUGAGCAAUCAAAUAGUUUCUAUAUUAUGAAGCACAACUACGACUUCAAAAGCCCAAGAUUAAGGAUAAUUUUUAAGAUUUCUGAACCAUGAAUUGAAUCAUUAUAAGAUUUUAAUAUAAUAAUUAUUCUCAAAUGGUUUAAUUUGCCUUGAUAACAGUUUUAAUGUGUGCUUGAAUUUUUGCAUUAAUAGAAAUAUUGCUUUAUAACUUCAUUUUGCUUUGCGCUCAUGCAUAAACAACAUAAAAAUGAAAAAUUUUCCUUGUGAUAUAAAAUGCAUUAAUAUGGAAAGAAAUAUUUUCAUUUUUUAUUUUCAUUUUUUUUUUUUUUUUGGUUGUUGCUAUGAAUUUCCUCAUUCUAUC